AUGUUGUCUAACAGAUACAUUUGCGGCCAUGGUACUAAGCUUUUAGAUUACAAAUACAACGGAAUGUCCAUAAAGGCUUUAACAGCCACGCUUCUAGGAGACGUUUCUGUUGAGGAGGUUAAGGAGGGGACGCAGGAUGACGAAUCUGAAAGCAAUGGAGAAGAAACUGAAAAAGACAAAGAGAUAGAUAACGAUUCAAAUAAUGAAGAAACUCCAACUGAUUCUAAGAUUGAUAGAAUUGUCAAGACAGUAAAAGUCUCUGUCAUACAGGAAACAAAGUCCUCAAAGAAAAGCUUAGUGGAUGAUAAUUUUGCCAACAAUCUUCCGAAGGAAGGUGAUAUUGUUCUCACGAGAGUUACUCGUAUAUCUUUACAAAGGGCUAACGUUGAGAUUUUGGCCGUUGAAAAUGCAAAUGUCCCAGUGGAUAGUGGUGUUGGUAGUAAUGGGUCAGGUAUAGUGGCAGCAGGUGGUGGUUCAGGUGCCGCCACCUUCUCAGUGUCACAAGUUUCUUCAGAUCUUGGUGAAACAUUUAGAGGUUUAAUCAGAUCACAAGAUGUGAGGGCCACUGAAAGAGAUAGAGUGAAAAUCAUGGACUGUUUUAAGCCGGGAGAUAUUGUCAGGGCUCAAGUGUUGUCUCUAGGUGAUGGUACAAAUUACUAUUUAACUACAGCAAGAAACGAUUUGGGUGUGGUAUUUGCCAGAGCUGCCAAUGGUGCAGGUGGAUUAAUGUAUGCUACAGAUUGGCAAACAAUGACUGUACCAUCUACUGGGCUUACCGAGAAACGUAAAUGUGCCAAACCAUUAUAG